AUGAGUUUACGAUGUAUACACUACAGUCCAACUGGAAACUUCAACUCUUUGACUCACCCAACCGCCUCAUUAAGGAAGACGUUCUCUUUCAGUCCAGGAAGAUUGGACGUUGAAGUCAUGCUGGACCGUGAGGUCUACGAUCAGGGAGACACUUUACGAGUUCAUGUAACUGUCAACAAUAACAGCAUCAAGACUGUCCAGAGAAUCAAGUUAUACGUCAUUCAACACGUUUUUGUUUGCAUGUUCACUAACGGACAUUUCAAAAAUGUCGUUGGAAACGCUGAGACCGACAAGAAACACCCAAUUCCAGCUGGAGCCAGCAUAUCACGUGACUUUGCUAUUAAGCUAAUGAACUAUCUUAAAUAUCCGGUGGCCCUAGCGGUGGAAAGUGGACUUCAAGAGGACAACUUGAUUUUGGCCUCAACAACAACUAGUGCUGGACCCAAGGAGAAAACUCCUUAUGGUGUAAUAGUUUCCUAUGAGGUCAAAGUGAAGGUCAUUUUAGGGUGCAUUGAUCGUUCGAUUGUCUUGCGUUUACCUUUUCAAAUACUUACAUUUCGACCACUGGAUGACCAAACUAAAAGUUCUUUUGACGAAGGUUUGACGAGCCAGCAAAAAACGAUCAGCAUCGACCUUGUGGAAGUGGACCCGGUUGUUGCAGAGCAGAUCACAAAACUCGGUAGUCUUAACACCUGGACUUGUACAGGUUCUGAACAACGUGAAAAAGGUUCAUCUAAUUGUUGA